UGUACUGAUUAUUUGUCUCUGAGGUUUAUUCUCCAUUAUAGGGAUGCAUGUCAUCUUAUUUGCUUUGGGUGUGAAAUGGUUACUGCGGCAGAAAGAGGAGGAGUUUUUAUUUGGCGCACUUCACCUGCUCUCCGAUAGAGGCAGAGUGUGAGUGGUCCAUUAAGCAGCAGAUCAUUCUCAGACUCGGACACACACUCUUCAGGCUUGUCGUAUUACAUUGCAUAAUAAAGACGAGCAAUCAUGCGUGAAUGCAUCUCUAUCCACGUCGGUCAGGCUGGAGUCCAGAUUGGCAAUGCCUGCUGGGAGCUUUACUGCCUGGAACAUGGGAUCCAGCCGGACGGACGGAUGCCCAGUGACAAGACGAUUGGAGGAGGAGACGACUCCUUCAACACCUUCUUCAGUGAGACUGGAGCUGGAAAGCACGUCCCCAGAGCAGUUUUUGUGGACCUGGAGCCCACUGUCAUCGAUGAGGUGCGCACUGGGAUCUACCGCCAGCUCUUCCACCCUGAGCAACUGAUCACUGGCAAGGAGGAUGCUGCCAACAACUACGCCCGAGGACACUACACCAUCGGAAAGGAGAUCAUUGACACAGUGCUGGACAGGAUCCGCAAACUGUCUGACCAGUGCACCGGUCUUCAGGGUUUCCUGGUGUUCCACAGCUUCGGAGGGGGCACCGGCUCUGGUUUCACCUCCCUGCUGAUGGAGCGUCUAUCCGUCGACUACGGCAAGAAGUCCAAGCUGGAGUUCUCCAUCUACCCAGCUCCCCAGGUGUCCACCGCUGUGGUGGAGCCCUACAACGCCAUCCUGACCACCCACACCACCCUGGAGCACUCUGACUGUGCCUUCAUGGUUGAUAAUGAGGCUAUUUAUGAUAUCUGCCGUAGGAACCUCGAUAUCGAGCGUCCCUCUUACACAAACCUGAACAGGUUGAUCAGUCAGAUUGUGUCCUCCAUCACUGCCUCCCUUCGCUUUGAUGGUGCCCUCAAUGUUGAUCUGACAGAGUUCCAGACCAACUUGGUGCCCUAUCCCCGUAUCCACUUCCCUCUGGCCACCUAUGCUCCUGUUAUCUCUGCAGAGAAAGCUUACCAUGAGCAGUUAACCGUGUCAGAAAUCACUAAUUCCUGCUUCGAGCCAGCCAAUCAGUUGGUGAAAUGUGACCCACGCCACGGUAAAUACAUGGCCUGCUGCCUUUUGUAUCGUGGUGAUGUCGUUCCCAAAGACGUGAACGCUGCCAUUGCCACCAUCAAAACCAAGCGCUCCAUCCAGUUUGUGGACUGGUGCCCCACUGGUUUCAAGGUGGGCAUCAACUACCAGCCGCCCACUGUAGUUCCUGGUGGAGACCUGGCCAAGGUCCAGAGGGCUGUGUGCAUGCUGAGCAACACCACUGCUAUUGCAGAGGCCUGGGCUCGGCUUGACCACAAGUUUGAUCUGAUGUACGCUAAGCGUGCCUUUGUGCACUGGUAUGUGGGUGAGGGUAUGGAGGAGGGAGAGUUCUCUGAGGCCAGAGAGGACAUGGCCGCUCUGGAGAAAGAUUACGAGGAGGUUGGAGUUGACUCCAUUGAGGGUGAGGGAGAGGAAGAGGGAGAGGAAUAUUAAGGGACAAAAAGGCAUUAGUUAAACAUGAUACAAUUAAUUCUAAAAAUGAAUGUUUAACUAUCAUUACAAGUUCGGACAUUGAGGGAGAGGGAGAGGAAUAGGUCCAAUAAGAAAAACCCCUUGAAAGCUUAAUUCCUUACCAAUACGCUGAAGCCCAAAAUCUUGCCUUUGUACUAGAAAUGUAACGUGUUUCUAUUCCAAAUGUGUCACUGUAGUUGCAAAAAAACAAUUGGAUGGUUUAUGGAGUGUAAAUAAACUUGGGAAAAGUA